GUCGAGUAAGCUUCAUUCAGCAGUUUGCGUUGUUAGCUGUUACUUAAAGCACGGCUUAACGGCAUUUUAAAAUCGCUGGCGAGACCAUUGAUCGUUACCCUCCACUCCAAAGAACAACACUUCAGAAUAGUAUUUAAAUCGUUGUCGUUCGGUCGGUUGGUUCGUCGGUUUUUUCUAUUUUUAAAUAAAAAGGAACGACGAUUCCCUUUCAGUGGUGGUUGGCUGCCUGCUAUACAAUCUUAAAUCCGCAUUCUGUUUUAUAUAAUGAACGUUGGCUUUGUUGUGCUCGCUUGUGUUUGCUUAUAAAGUAGACAAAAUGUAUGGAAAAGUGCAAAACAAAAACACACACAAUUGUUGUAAUUGAAAACCAUCGCCCAAGUUUAACUCAAUAUGAAUGACAAUUGAAUGCAAAUUACAAAGAAAACAAAAUAGAUAACAAAAAAACAAAACACGACAACAACAAUCAAUGUUGCGGCGAUCACAAAAACAACAAGGCGAAAAAAGAAGCAACAGCAGCAAUAAAAUUGUAUGAAUUAAAAAAAAUAAAAUAAAAACACAAAUUGACAAUAAUUCAUUCGUCAAAGGCAUCGUUUAGUUUUUUUUUUCUGUUUUCUCCCUUCGCAUCGUCUAUUCGUGUGUGUAUGUACAUUGUAAAUUGCAAUCAAAGAAAAGUGUGAACGACAACGACGACGACGACUUAAGAAACCCGUAGUAAAAGUGUUAAAAACCAAACUAAUAGAUUUUAAAUUGUUCCGCUUUAACUCGGUUUGUUUGUUUGUUGGUGUUGCCUCGUCUUUCACCUCCAAUUCAUUUUCAAAUGUGUGAUUUUUCGCUGUGCAAAAUAAAAAGAUCGUUAACAGAAAGUCGUACCCCUCUUUGGCCGCACGCCCACUUGUUGGCGAAAACAAAACGAGCGUAAGCCCCCCUCUGCUCUUAGCGUUCUGUGCUUUCGGCCAAAUAAACAAUAGUUGUUGUCAUACGCUCUUCGCGCCAUCACACCAUCAUCAUCAUCAUCAGUGUCGUCCAUCGUCCGCCGUCUACAACAGCAGCAACAGACUGCUGCCGCCAAAGUUGGCUGUUUAUUUUUGUUUUAUUUUUCUUCGUUCUAAAGCAAAUUAUUAUUCAAAUCGGGUUCUUGAUUAUUGCGGUCCGCGACUGGCUGGUGGCGAAGAAAGAGCAGCCAACGUUUAUGUGAUCAGUGUCAGCAAAAAAAAGAAAGAAACAGAAAAAAUACAUACAAAUUCGCCUCGCCAUUCCAAGAAAAAACUAAAACGUUUUAUUUCUACUUUUGCGCUUCCACAAAAAAAUCAGAAGAAGAAAAAAAAACCAAAACCCAAAUUCAAAGAAAUAUGCCAAUAAAAAUGCUUUCAAAAAAAUCACAUCAAUAAAUUUGUAAUAAAAAAAAAAUAAUUAUCAAGACUAUCAGCACAACAUCAAAUCAAAGAGCAGGCGCUCACAAAAGGGAGAGAGUGAGAGAACGAGUAAAGGGUUAAAAAAACAUAUCUCAACUGCAUUCCCUUCCCUAGACGAGCGACGACCAUUCACUUCGUUGGCUCGUUCGUUCGUUCGUUUCUAUUCAAACAUGGAUUACCUCUACAUUGUUAAUGCCUUCAAACAACAGCAACAACAAUUUCUGCUGCAUCAACAACAAUUGCAACAACAGCUACAAGGUUCAUCGUCAUCGGGUAUCGGCGGUGUUAACCCUUUGACGUUGCAUCCGAAUCAACACGACAAUACCAAUAUGGCGAACAGUUUGCUGUGGCAACCCUGGCGGGAUUUGCAACAGGCUGCCGCGGUGCAUCAUCAUUUGUAUCGACAGCAACAGCAGUUGCAGCAGCAGCAACAAAUGCAAAAAGAGGCUAGAUUGACAUCUAAGGAAUUGCCCACCACAGCAUGGCGUCGCGAAAGGCGUUUACGCACCGGAGAAUAUCAUCAUCCACCUCAACAGCAACAGCAGCAGCAACAUCCGAAUCACCAUCACCACCACCAUCAUCAUCUUGCAUCACCAGCCGGUUCAUCGGCAAGCAGUGCAAGAGGCAUAUCACCAUGUUCCUCGCCGACUCCCGUGGUCUAUGGACAGAAUUCGCCCAACAGUACAGUGACAUCAUCCGCAACACAACUACACUCAAAUGCCCAUCAAAUCUCCAUGAUGAUGGCUGCUGCCGCUGCCGCAGGCAUGCGUCCCCUCUGCGAAACCACAGGUAGACCAUCACCACCGCCACCACCUCCAGUUGCUAGCCACAGCAACAUGCACAUGGCACGUCCAGAGCCCCUAAAUGAAGCUGAGAUCGAAGAUGCCCCAUUGGAUAUGUCCGUAUCAAGCAGUUUGAAACAAAGGAAUUCUCCACCACCACCUUAUCGUGAACCCUUGCCGGGCUCUCAAUUCAUUUCAACACUGCCGCGUCCAAGUGUCAUAACUCAGGCACCGCCCAAAAGGGACACAAGAGACAGUGCCCUCUUGGCUAAUCGUGAAAAUGACAAUCGCAGCUCUGAAUCCAUUGAUGAACAUUUUCGUCGUUCUCUGGGCAAUGAUUAUUUCGCCCUGUUUAACAAGAAAUCCCCGUCAGGCCAAACAACAAAAACACCAUCACCGCAGCCUAGCCAGCAACCCCCAGCGGCCCAUGCCAGAACACCACCACCACCGGUAACAUCUUCAACAAAUUCUGCCCUACAACAUUCGCACACGGGCGGCCCAUCUGCAGUAGUUGCUCCACCCCCUGCUUACCCCAAUGUCUUGACUCCGGCCCAUCAACAACAAAGCAACUCGGUUUUACUAUCGCCAGCUGCGAUUAUGGCCGCCCAUAUGAAGGCGGGAGGGCCAACAGCCGAUCAUAUGGGUGGUACCAAUUCACCACCCCUGCCUUUGGUAGUACGAGCUCCGCUGCCACAGCAACCCCUGGCACUGCAAAGAGCCACGUCUGUGACAUCUCAAACACCCUUACCAUCACCACAAUCGCCAACCAUAAAAGUUGGUUCCACACAAUCUCCCAUGUCUAGUACGGCCGGAUCCCGAACAGCUUCACCGUUACCAUUACCCAUCAAUCAAACGUCUUCCCAGCAGUCUUCCGCCAUAACAUUGUCACGUUUCACAUCUGUGGAAAAUUCGCCAUCAUCAUCGCCCGGUCAAACGGCCCAAGUGGUGACCAAUGUUGCUCCGCCAAAUGCCUCACCCACACUACCGGCAAUAAUGCGCAUAAAAACCGAACCAGGAUUGCAAAGCAUAAAGGCCAACAAUCCCACACCACCAGCUUCCCCCACCAGUACCACCAACCCCAAUAUUUUAAUUGUAAACAACAACAACAACAGCCACAAUACGGUAUCAUCGUCGUCGUCUCCCUCAUCUCCAUCACCAUCGACUGCCUCAAGUGCUACCAUAAAAAGCAACUCAACUACCACCACCGGCGGCCACAGCAGCAGUGCUGAGGUCCUCGCCUCGGUCGAUGAUCAUUUCGCCAAGGCUCUGGGUGACACCUGGAAGCGAUUGCAAGAAAGCAAAGAAAUGCGUAAAUAAUAAUAACAACAGCAACAGCAACAACAACACAGACGUCAUGCUCACCACUGAACACUAAUUACUUUAGGCAUUUGGAGUGAUAUUUUUUAAGAAGUGAUAUUUGGAAAAUUUUUAAAAUCUACCACCAACAACGCGACCCCCUCAACUGGCAAUGAAAAGCAAAUUAGGCAAAGAAAAAACUUCAAGUUUUUUUCGGUUUUGCAUUCUUAUUAAUUAACUACAUAGUUGACUAUCUAAUGUUUAUACCUACCUACCUACCUACCUACUUACCAACAACUUAUAUAUACAACAAAAUUAUCUAAAAUGGUAACAAUUGUACUAAAAGUAUGAUAAAGAAAAACAAAGCAAACAAAAUUCAUUCAUUAUUUAAAAUUAUAUAAAAAAAAGAUCUCAAAUUUAUGAUUCGUUUUGAUUUGAUAGUUUAAUGUGUUAUCUUUUACUUUAUUUUAUUUUUUUUUAAUUUCAAUGUAUACUAAUUAUUUAAUUUUAAUUUAACGUCUAAUACCAGCAAAUUUCUUAAUGUAGUAUUCCCCUUUUUAUUGCAAAAGUAAAAAAACAAAAACAAAAACAUACAAAAUUAAAGAGUAUUACCAUGAUAUCGUUCAUCUCUUAAGAAUUAUGUGUGCGUACAGAUGUAACUCUCUUCGAUUUCUCUUGUUAAAAUGUUCACUUUGCCUCUUUUCACGGAAAGUAUAUUGUGUGGUUUUUUUUUUCAACAGAAUACGGGAUUACGUCUUUUACACACCCUGUCCCCUGCUCUCUUCCCCAACACCCCUUGUUAACAUAAUACUAAUUUUAUUAUUAGAGAAUAUGGAUAUACAUAUGUAUUUGGUUUUUAAGUUUUUAACUCAUGAUCUUAAUACAUUUAUCGCAGAAAAAUAAUAAUUUUUUCCUAUAAUUUGUUUCGUAUUAAGUAUUUGUGUAAUUUAUAAGUUUUAUGCUGAAUUCCUAUUAUUUGCUUAACAACAAAAAAAAAAAAACAUGCAAGAAAUACACUUGUUUACUAUAAGAAUUUCAUUUUCUUUGUAAUAAAAAAAGAAAUAAAAACACAAUCAGACGAAAAUAAAGGAUAAAAUAUUUUUAUAUUA